AUGCAAAUUCAGAAUUUGAUUGAAAUUAAAUCUGUCAGUCAAUUUGGGUAAAAAUUGAUAUUUUUACAGUAGUCAGCUAGUCCGUUUAGGUUGUCUUUAAUGCCUUUGUUCAAUUUUUAUAUUUUCUGUAUAAAGCUCUUGCCCAUCUUUGGUGGUUUUUUCCUAGUUACUUUUAUCUAUUAUAGUUUUGGAGAUGGAGUCUUACUGUGUUGCCCAGGCUGGUCUCGAAGUCCCCGGCUCAAGCAAUUCUCCCCCACCCCCCAGCUUCCCAAGUAGCUGGCAUUAUAGUCAUGUGCCACCUUGCCUUUUUUAGGUACUUUUAUUUUUUGAUGCCAUGGGGAAUGUGUUUUUUGAGGUUACUUUUAAAAGUGUUUAUUUGCAGAGAUGAUGCUAUAACAUUGCUGAAAAGUAGAUUGUUAAUGAUCCUGUACUGAGUGCUACAUUUAUUAUUUAAUUGGUCAUUAUUAUGUUGUUAUCACUAUCAGGUAUAACCUUUACCUUUUCAAUCAGUUUACCCUCUAGAUACGUGAUGAUAUGAGGUCAUAAGGUCAGUUCCAGUCAUUAUGACUUCUCUCUCAUUUACUUGGUCCUCUUCCAUGUAUUUUUGGUUAAUCCAUGUGUUGGUGGUGGUGGUGUUUGUUUUGUUUUGUUUUUUUCUUUUCAUUCAGGGUCUUGCUCUGUCGCUCAGGCUGGAGUGCAAUGGCAAUCAUGGCUCACUGCAGCCUCGACCCCUCCGCUCAAAUGAUCCUCCUGCUUCAGCCCCUCAAGUAGCUGGGAUAACAGGCGUGCACCGCCACACUCAGUUAAUUAUUAAAUUUUUAGUGAAGACGAGGUGUUGCUGUGUUGGCCAGGCUGGUCUCAAACUCCUGGUCUUAAGUGAUCCUCCUGCCUUGGACUCUGGAAGUGCUGGGAUUGCAGGCCCGGAUUGCAUUUCUACAAGGCGAAAGAAAAGGUCAAGAGAACCUGAAGAAGGACUUAGUAAGAAGAAUAAAGAUGUUAGAGUAUGCAUUAAAACAAGAAAGGGCAAAAUAUCACAAAUUAAAAUAUGGCACGGAACUGAACCAAGGUGACUUGAAAAUGCCAACCUUUGAGUCAGAAGAAACCAAAGACACAGAGGCUCCCACAGCACCUCAGAAUAGCCAGUUAACGUGGAAGCAAGGCAGACAGCUUUUAAGACAGUAUCUUCAGGAAGUAGGUUAUACAGAUACAAUAUUAGAUGUACGGUCUCAGCGGGUAAGGUCAUUACUUGGACUAUCUAAUUCAGAACCAAAUGGAUCAGUAGAAACAAAGAAUUUAGAACAGAUCCUGAAUGGAGGUGAAUCUCCUAAGCAAAAGGGACAAGAAAUAAAAAGGUCCUCUGGUGAUGUUCUUGAGACGUUCAAUUUCUUAGAAAAUGCCGAUGACAGUGAUGAAGAUGAGGAAAAUGACAUGAUUGAAGGCAUCCCAGAAGGAAAAGACAAACAUCGGAUGAAUAAACAUAAAAUAGGUAAUGAAGGUUUAGCUGCUGACCUAACUGACGAUCCUGAUACUGAGGAAGCACUGAAAGAAUUUGAUUUUUUAGUGACUGCUGAAGAUGGUGAAGGAGCUGGAGAAGCACGGAGUUCGGGGGAUGGCACAGAAUGGGAUAAAGAUGACCUCUCCCCAACUGCUGAGGUUUGGGAUGUAGACCAGGGACUAAUAAGUAAACUGAAGGAACAGUACAAGAAGGAACGAAAGGGGAAGAAAGGGGUGAAGAGGGCCAACAGGACAAAACUCUACGACAUGAUAGCUGAUCUGGGAGAUGAUGAGCUGCCCCACAUCCCUUCAGGAAUCAUUAAUCAGUCUAGGUCAGCCUCUACUAGAAUGACUGAUCAUGAAGGUGCAAGAGCAGAGGAAGCUGAACCAAUAACGUUUCCAUCUGGAGGAGGCAAGUCAUUUAUUAUGGGUUCUGAUGAUGUUUUGUUAAGUGUACUGGGCCUUGGAGACCUUGCAGACUUGACGGUAACAAAUGAUGCAGACUAUAGUUAUGAUUUGCCUGCUAAUAAAGAUGCCUUUCGAAAGACAUGGAAUCCCAAGUAUACACUACGUAGCCAUUUUGAUGGAGUACGGGCAUUAGCUUUUCAUCCUGUAGAACCUGUGCUGGUUACUGCUUCUGAGGACCAUACCCUGAAACUUUGGAACCUGCAAAAAACAGUUCCUGCCAAAAAGAGUGCCUCUUUAGAUGUAGAGCCUAUCUACACAUUUAGGGCCCACAUUGGCCCUGUUCUGUCAUUAGCUAUUAGUUCUAAUGGAGAACAGUGUUUUAGUGGUGGUAUUGAUGCAACCAUCCAGUGGUGGAAUAUGCCGAGUCCCAAUGUAGAUCCAUAUGAUACAUAUGAGCCAAAUGUUCUAGCUGGCACUUUAGUUGGUCAUACAGAUGCAGUUUGGGGUCUUGCUUAUAGUGGCAUAAAAAAUCAAUUACUGUCUUGUUCAGCAGAUGGCACUGUUAGGUUAUGGAAUCCACAAGAAAAAUUGCCAUGUGUUUGCACUUACAAUGGAGAUAAAAAGCAUGGAAUACCUACAUCAGUUGACUUUAUAGGCUGUGAUCCAGCUCAUAUGGUAACCUCUUUCAACACUGGUAGUGCAGUAAUUUAUGAUUUAGAAACAUCACAGUCAUUGGUGAUACUUUCAUCACAGGUAGAUUCUGGUUUACAAUCUAAUAAUCAUAUCAACAGAGUAGUAAGUCAUCCCACACUUCCUGUUACAAUAACUGCUCAUGAAGAUAGACACAUCAAAUUUUUUGACAAUAAAACGGGUAAAAUGAUCCAUUCUAUGGUAGCUCACUUGGAUGCUGUUACAAGUCUAGCAGUAGAUCCUAAUGGAAUCUAUUUGAUGUCUGGAAGCCAUGACUGUUCCAUCAGAUUAUGGAAUUUAGACAGCAAGACAUGUGUGCAAGAAAUAACAGCUCACAGAAAGAAAUUGGAUGAAUCAAUUUAUGAUGUUGCUUUCCACCCGUCAAAAGCAUAUAUAGCUAGUGCAGGAGCUGAUGCUCUUGCCAAAGUAUUUGUAUGAAUCAACAAAAACUUGCAUCGUAACAAGAUUUGCUUGGACAGAAAGAGGGUCUGCAUCACUGCCAUCAGAAAGGUUACUGAUAUGACACUACAUGUGAUCUGCCUGGUGAAGGCUAUUUGGGGCAGGCACAAAUUGGUGGAAAUCACAUCUUAAUGUCAAGCUCAUUAAGUUAACUGUAAUUACUGUAUUUUGUGGGACAAAGAAAAAAGGACUCCAGUAUUUGUGGCCUGUACUGGAUGUGAACUGAGCGUAUAUCUGUUUUUAGGUGUCUUUAAGCCAAUGUGGAGUCUGAUCUUUCAAAAAAGUUUUUUUUUUUUCUUCUUCUUUUUUUUUUUUUGGACUCUGUGUGCUGCCUUAGGGGUUAGGAAUGUGGUGCUCUUGUUGGGGGAAGUGAGCUCCAAGAGUAGCUUUUUUUCAUCUCUUAGUGAUCUUCUGUUUAUUGGUUGAAUGCCACAGAUUCCCUUUUAAACUUAUUUUGCUUUAAAAAAAAAAAAAGAAAAAGAAAAUUUAACUUAAAAUAUUUUAGCAUUAGUUGCACAAAAUGUUUGGAUAAAAUUCUAGUUUUUAUAAGUCUUUUUAUAUAUUUAGCCUGUCACAACAGUGCUCAAGAUUGUAUUGAAGUUUUUCUGCAUUAUACAACCCUAAAACACAGAGAUCUCACUGACCCGUUGCCCUGUAACCACUUUCUUUCCUUCUUUUGCCUAAUACAGCUCAACUAAGUCCUUCCAUAAAGAUGCUAAAUAACUUUCAUCAUCACAUAAAUGUCUUCAUAAACCAAGGACUAUUAAGUGUAUUAAAAUGAAACCGUGGGGUUUAGUACUCCAAAUGAACUCUUAAAGAAAAAAAACUAAUCUUGGCAUCCUAUCACUAUGUGAUAUUUUGUACAUCUUACUGUAUUUACAAGUUUAUUUAUCAAGGAUUAUCCAUCUUGCUAAUGGCCUAUUAUUUAUUUCACUUUUUGUUGGUCUUUAUAUCCUUUUAUUAAUGUGCUAAAGGAACCUGUAUAUCUAUUUUGGAACUCUUUGAAUAGUCUAAAAUAGACUAAAAAUGGAGUAUUUUAUAGUUUAAAUUACAAACCAAGGUGGUUCCCCUAAGAUAUAUAUCUUGGUUUACCAUGAUUCCAAACAAAACUAACUUGUUUAAAAAUAUUUGGAGUAAAGUUUUAUUUGCAUUACAAAUAGGAUACAAAAAUAGUUGAAUCAGGAUACAGAAAUCUGCUGUGUUUUGACUAGUUAUCCCUGUUUUAUUUUUUUAGAUGUGCUUAAUUUUAUGGUGUAACUAAAGAUUUUGUUUGUGUAAUGCAUGAUUAAGACAAUAAAGUAUUUUUUCUAGUCUUCCGAGAAACUUUUCUGAUCAGUUUGCGAGUUUUGAUGAGUUUUGUAAGGUUUUUGUUUUACAAACUAUGAAUCAGCAAAUUUUUAAGAUUGUACCACAUAGCAAACAUACAGCUGUUGAAAAAUAAUGUAUAUAAAAUGCAUAUAAUAAAUAUUAAAUUGUGUACCUGUA